AUGUCUUCUUCUAAGUUUCUAAAAGAAGUUCUUUCUAACAAAAGGAAAUUAGAGGACCAUGAAAUUGUGGCUCUGACUCUUUAUAGUAGUGUUGUGAUUAAAAAUAUGGUGAUCCCUAAGCUUAAGGAUCUGGAGAGUUUCUUUAUCCCUUAUCAAAUAGGCAACAUGACCUUUAAGAUGGCACUUUGUAAUUUGGGGACCAAUGUUAGCCUGGUGCCCUUAUCUGUGUGUAAGAAGUUAGACAUGGGUGAUAUGAAACUGAGGAAUGUCUUUUUGCAACUGGAAGAUAGGUUAAUAAAAUACCAUGUAGUUGUGUUAGAGGAUGUUCUGGUGAAAGUAGGAGAUUACUAUGUGCAUGUAGACUUUGUCAUAAUUGUCAUUGAUGAGGAUUCUCAAAUCUCAGUACUCUUAGGUAGGUAUUUCUUAGCUACAGCGGGGGCCACCAUUGAUGUUAAGAGAGGGAAGUUGACUUUUGAGAGAGCGCAUCAAGAACCCCGACAAAGGUUGAAGCAAGUACUUGACUAUAUGGAAUUGGAAGCAGAUCGAUAUGCCUCUCUGUCUUUCUUGGCCUCUGCCGGGCGUGCUGACACUACUGAUGUGGAGCAAUCUGCCAUUGGUAUGGUUGCAGAUGUGGAAUCUGUCGUUGAUACUGAGGAGGUCCUCGAAUUGUAG